AUGAGGAAUGAAAUCGUUUCCAGGACGGUAAGCAAUGGGCUUCCCCAGGGAGACGUCCUAUCACCGACUCUUUUUAAUAUUUACACGCUUCCGUUGCACGAGGUCAAGGUAGAAGGUGUUGCACUGGUUCAGUACGCUGAUGAUUUCGGAAUCUUAGUAACCGCGAAGAACAUAGAAGAAAUUAAUACGAACGGUCAACGUUUUUUGAAUGAGUUUGGAAGAAUAGCAGCGGAUCUGAAAUUCAAAAUCAACCCUGCAAAGACUAAAGUGGUAUUGUUUCAAAAAAGCAACAACGUUCUCACUCUCCGAGUAGAUAAUCAAACAAUCGAAACCGUACGCAGCACAAAAUACUUAGGAGUCACCAUAGACAGAUCGCUUAGUUUUGGAACACAUCUGAGAUAUGUGGCAGAAAAAGCAAGGGAUAGAAUCAACAUGAUGAAGGUUUUAUCAGGAAUAAAAAAUGGUGCUCACCCGAAAAGCAUGCUGAAGCUGCAUAAUGGACUGGUCAGAAGCGUUAUGGAAUAUGGGAGUUGUAUUCACAAUAACGCGAGACGAACAACUAGAAGAAUCACCGAGGUACUUAAUAACCUAAGUCUACGUAAAGCCACUGGAACAACGAAAACAACACCAAUCAAUGCUUUGGAUGGUCUAAGCGGUCAGGAGCCGCUUCGCAUCCGAUUGGAAUAUAUUGCUGCUAAAGAAAUAGUCAGAAACGUAUCCAAACGUAACGCACUUGGUAACCAAUUGAUAUCUUUGUCAACGACCACUUCUGAAUUUACGGAGACCGAUUUUAGCUUCGUCGAGCAGAUGUAUCUAGAACACAAGGACAUUUUCGAUGCAAUAUCUCCUGUGAUCAAACUAUCCGUCACACCAGAACUAGUCAUCAAUUCUUCUUUGGGGGGGAUGGACAACUCCAAGAAGAACAAUAAUCCGAUUCGUUUGAAGCAGCUUGUACUAUUUGCAAUGCAUGGAAAGUUUAAAAACCGGAGGAGAAUAUUCACUGACGCCUCGAAGGAAGAUAACAAAUGUGGUAUCGGUGUAUUUAUGGAGUUUUCGAAUCAAAGGAUAUCCCGUCAUAUGAAAAAAGAGACCAGUAUUACUAGCGCGGAACUUAUAGUUAUUGAAGUGGCAGUACAGUCAAUCGCAGAACUCGAGCUGCAGGAUUGUGUCAUUUAUACUGAUUCGAAAUCAGCAUGCAUCAUGCUGAAUAAUGCACUGGAAGCUGGGAAAGGGGAAAUGCUGUUGGUGUACAUCAUCGAAGCGGCAGCGAAAUGGAAUAUAAGUCUGCAAUGGAUACCCAGUCAUGUAGCCAUCGUCGGAAAUGAUUUAGCGGAUCAAUUGGCCAAGCAAGGCGUAAAACAACUUGUAACUGUAGGCAGAAUGCGACAGGAAAAACAAAAGAAAAAAAAAGGAUUUCACUAUCGAGAGAAAAAACUCAGAGACGCGUGCUACACGAGAAAAAGGAACAACUUAUGA